CUGUUUAUAUUUGUACGAGUCGCUUGCACGAUUUUCUAUUUAAUCGUUGGUUAGACUCAGUUUGGUUUUUAUGGGCUGGUACAUGCCAUGGGAGAACUAGUUGUGAAUUUUAAAAAUGCUUUUGAAUUACCUGUCUUGUUGCAAAAUGAACCUAAGAAUGAGCGUUCAGCUUCAAGAAAAAAAUACUUCCUAUCUCGGGAUUUCCUUUUCAGUUUUUCCCACUUGACCUUAAAAUCUGAUAAGCUGAAAAGGUUGGCAGCAUAUAUUGUGGCUACAGAUCGCGUAGCUACCAUGCGUGGGGGAUUAAAAGCAUACAUAUAUCCAGAGCCAUAUGCUCCAAGGUGGAGGGUUACAAAGCCUUGCCCAUUGAAGCCGAUAUCUGUAUCGCUACAAAAUGAUAAGACAAAGUGUAAAAGAGAACCUUUGACUCAUUUAGAUAACAACAGCAAUCGGAAUUCGUUUUUAGCCAAUUAUGAAGUCAUGCCAAGCCUAAUCAACAUCAAUGCAAAAGGCAUAUUGGCAUCUCUUAGUGAGAAAGAAAAUUUUAUUCGAGCAUGCGUGACCAAUCGUCUAAAGCCAAAGGAAAUAGUUUUGAAACGAACAGUAAGCAAUCAUUCUUCGAAAGUUGCUGACUGUGACGUUCCGAAGUCCAAACUUGAUCAUCCUAAAACCGCUGUAUGUUCAAGCAAAAAAGAGAUGACAGACACAAAUUUAUACACUGUAUCGGAUACCUCAGAGCUGGAGACAUCUUCCAGAAUUUCCGAGCAGUCUGAAGCGCGAGAAAAAUACAAGGUUCGAUGUAUUCCUAAUGGAAGUAAUAAUGGUUCGACUGCACCGCAGGUUUCUAGCAAAGAAAAUCGUCUACUUCAACGCGAGAAGCAAAUCAGAUAUGGCUACAACACUGAAGGCUACAAAAUUUAUAUAUCUAAGGUUCCAAAGUCCCAGCGCACUCACGAUAUGCCCCGUACUCCCAAUAAGUAUCAGCCAUGCAGUAAAAGAAGUUGGGAUGGACAAAUUCGGAAAUGGAGAAGAGAUCUCCACAAAUGGGAUGCAUUACUUUGAUUAUAGAGGGCAUAACACACACAUAGCGUAUACGUUCGCCAAUUUCGACAGCACACGUUUCUUCAUUAGGUGAAGAAAUGGAUUGUUAAUUAUAAAACAUGUAAAUACAUUAGAAUGCUGACAUUUUUCUUACUGAGAAACUUUUUCACCUUUUUACGUUUCCAUCUUUUUUAAGGUACUUGUAUCUACAAGACUGGGUUGACAGCUUACCUAGUUCAAACUUUUUUUCUGAAAGAAGAAGCAGAAAUUCUAACUUACUGUCACUCGGUAUAGAUAUGGCAGGUGUUUGGUGGAUUGUUUCUUGACAGUACACAAAAUUUGUUAUCCAUUUUUCAAAUUUACAAAAUUUAACACAAAUAACAUGUCUUUCGUUGCUGUUAUGCACCUUUUUUAAGCAGCGUGUCUUGAUUGUAUCAUCUUGAAGUGCUCGUUAGUCUUUGUUUCUUCGUAUUUUUUUUUCUGGAUUGCGCGUAGUGAAUGAAUGAUGACAAAAUGAUUUGAAGUUGCUGUUAACCAAAUUCAGGUUGAAUAUGCACAUUGUUCUGAAUAACUGAAAUGGUUAUUUAUCGAAGGAUUUUGAUUUGUUCAGGUGAUUUACCACUCUCUCCAUGAAAGGGCUUCAAAGUAGAAUCCCGUCGUGAAAUUAUGUUGAUUCUGUUUUGUAUUUAUAAUAUUCUUUUAUAGA